UCUCUUGCAUCUUAAACCAAACCAAACCACAAGCUAACAUACACAACAAACACAUAAAACCCUAGAAUCAUGGAAUCCCUAAGCAAAGCCUCACUCCUCUUACUCCCUCUCUUGUUCCUUUCCCUGCUCAGCGAUUCCCAUGGUGAAGGAAUAGCUGUGUACUGGGGCCAAAACGGUGGAGAAGGCAGCUUAGCAGAAACUUGUAACACCAAAAACUACCAAUUUGUGAACAUAGCCUUUUUGUCUACAUUUGGCAAUGGCCAAACCCCUCAACUCAACCUCGCUGGCCACUGUGAUCCCCAGAGCAAUGGUUGCACAGGGUUGAGCAGUGACAUCACCACUUGCCAAAACGGUGGAGUCAAAGUCUUGCUCUCCCUUGGAGGAGGUGCUGGAAGCUACUCCCUCAACUCAGCUGAGGAAGCCAAUCAACUUGCAACCUACCUCUGGGACAAUUUCCUUGGAGGACAAUCUGGGUCAAGACCAUUAGGUGAUGCAGUGUUGGAUGGCAUUGACUUUGACAUUGAGUCUGGUGGAAGAGAACAUUGGGAUGAACUAGCCAGGGCACUCAGUGGGUUCAGUUCACAAAGAAAGGUGUAUUUGUCUGCAGCUCCACAGUGCAUAAUCCCUGAUGAACGCUUGGAUUCUGCCAUCCAAACUGGGCUUUUUGACUAUGUCUGGGUUCAGUUCUACAAUAACCCUUCAUGCCAAUACUCCAGUGGAAACACCGACAACUUGAUCAGUUCAUGGAACCAGUGGAUCACUGUGCCAGCCACACAAGUCUUUAUGGGGCUUCCUGCAGCAGAAGCAGCUGCUCCAAGUGGCGGUUUUGUCCCUUCUGAUGUGUUAAUUUCUCAGGUUCUUCCUAAGAUAAAACAGUCUUCAAAGUAUGGUGGAGUUAUGCUAUGGAGCAGAUUCUAUGAUCUCCAAAAUGAUUACAGUAAUAAUAUUAUUGGCAGUGUUUAAGUACUUAAUUGUCAAACACUGCUUAAAUAAUUAAUGAUCACCACUUAAUAUGUGUGUUGUGAACUCAAUAUACGAUUAUUGUAACACUUGGCUUAUAAGUUACAGGUUAUAUAAUAAAAGAGUUCGUUCUAAA